CGAUCGUCGUGAAGUAAUCACGCAGCUACAUAACCGAGUUCCUCGCAUGCCUGUUCGCCAGUUCUCACUUUCGUGAGCACGAAGAAAGAUCUCCUACUUAUUGUAUACGUUAGUUUCACGUACAACAGAAAGGCAUAUUGAAAGUGCGUAAAGUGCGUUUUAAAGAUUCUUCAAUUUUUCUUUGCAAAGUUCAUCAUGGAGAUCGUGCAAAUUUUGAUAAACGCGUUGAAGCUUACGUUACAAAUUAUUUACUACAUUUGCCAAAGCGCAUAUUAUAACAUUUUUGGAUUACCGGAGAAAAGCGUGAUUGGUGAGAUUGUUUUGAUAACAGGUGCUGGUCAUGGCAUAGGAAAGCAAUUGGCAAUUCAAUAUGCGCACUUGGGUGCUAUAGUGGUAUGCUUCGAUAUUAAUAAGCAGACAAACGAAGAAACGGCAAAGGAAAUUAAAGCAACUGGAAGAAAUGCGUAUGCAUAUCAAUGUGAUGUAACUAAAAGAGAAGAUGUUUUGGCAAUAGCCAAAAAAGUAAAGGAAGAGGUCGGCGACGUUACAAUAUUAAUUAACAAUGCCGGUAUAAUGCCAUGUCACAAUUUCCUAGAUCAUACUGCCGAUUCAAUCAUAAAAUCUGUCAACGUUAAUGUGCUAGCACAUUUUUGGAUGCUCCAAGCAUUUUUACCAAGUAUGAUUGAAAAAAAUCAUGGUCACGUUGUUGCACUUUCAUCAAUAGCAGGAUUAGUAGGACUUCCUAAUUUAGUUCCUUAUUCCGCCACAAAAUAUGCAGUCCUAGGUUUGAUGGAAGCACUUGAGGACGAAUUAACAAUGAACAGUAAGGGAGAAUCGUUAAUCAAAUUCACUACCAUCUUUCCUUACAUGGUAAAUACGGGACUCUGCAAAAAACCAAAAGUAAAUAAGAUAUUGAAAAAAUUCGUAUCGUUAUGCACAGCGGAAGAUACGGCUAAACAAAUAAUUAAAUCGCAAAGACAAAAUAUAAGAAAAAGAUCUAUACCAUCAUUUUGGUUAUCAUUCGUGUCAUAUAUGAGACUUUUACCCGAGAAAGCAAUAAAAUGUGUAAAUAAUUUUAUUGAUUGUGGAGUCGAACCUGAUUAAUAUAAGAAUCUUAUAAUUGCAUUUCAUAAAAUUUUUAAGGAUUUGUUUUGAAAACUAUAAUCUCAGAAUAAGUUUUUUUCCAAAUGCAUUAUUAAUGUUAAAUAUGUAAUUAAAAUAUGUUUAAUAAGAGAAAUAAUGAUAAAAAUAGUGAUAAAAAUAGAUCUUAAGAAAGAAAAACAGUCAUCAAUAAAAUACCAAAGUUUAUUUUAAUUGUUAG